AGUAAAUAUCUCUCUUAUAUGUUAGUCACUAUUUCAAAGACUAGUAGUUACCUAUGAUUUAUCUCUUCAGGAUACGUAUUCAUCUUUUAUCACAAUAAUGAAAUGAUCCGUCCUACUUUCAACCUACGAAAUUCUAUGUUUAUCUCUUUGUUGAGUUGGGUGUGGACUAUGAAGUCAACCAUCGAGGAGUCUGGUUAGAUUUAGGAUAAGAGGAGGAGGCCAAGCCGGCGGAGCUUGGGAGUCGCAAAAAACGAUGAGGUUGUGGGACUUUCCUUGCGGCCGCCGCACCGCCGCGACGCCACCAGAGGACGGCGGCACGCAGCCGGCCGAAACGGCGGCGAAAGCUUCGGCGAAGGAGAAACGAGGCCGGAGAGCGGAGCUGCCGCAGUGGCGACCCUCCCUGCGGUCCAUCUCGGAGGACGGCGCCGCCGCAGGGCCGCCGAAAGCGAUGAAGAGCGGCGGAGAAGGAAGAGCGACUGCCAACGCGAAGCUGAAGCCGCCGGCGGUUAAGGUGUCGCCCCGCGCCGGCGACGGCGACUACAAGCAUUAUGGAGUCGUGCCUGCAUUUGCUCCGACACUCUUUCUGUUCUGAUGAUCGAUUUAAGCUAUAGAAAUAUCAUAAGUAUCAUAAUUGUAAUCUUCUUUUCAAGCUCUAGAAACACUAAUAAAAUAUAUUCAGUGGAUAUCAUAUUUAAA